AUGGCCAAGUACUCAACCUUCGAACAGCUUCCCGUGGAGAUCGUCGAAUUGUGCCUCGAGGGCUUACCCGCUAGCUCUAUCGGCGCCUUGUUGUGCCUCAGUCGACAAACCCGUAACUUAGUGCUCACAUCGAUCGAAUUCAUUUUCGCUAAGAUGUUGAAAUCGUUCGAAGAACAAAAGCAAUACGUCGGAUUGGAAGCCAUCCACUCGUCUCUUUCAGUCACCGUCCGAUCCCCGCUCACUUUCUCCAACUUCGUCCCUCUGACGAACGUUACGACCAGCCCCAGAUCACCCUUGCGUUAUGCACGAUUCGAGAUCGACAACACGAUGGACGUCAAGGCCGGCGAAAGUGAUGCGGCGAUCUUCACUUGUUCUGUCUUCAGAAAGGACUCUGACAUUCCAUGCCGCAACUUCUUUGAAGAUAUCUGCAAAGUUCGCGACCAAAACCCGAUCAUCAUCGAUCGCGAUGGUCUUCUCGUCAACACCGACCCAGAAACUGGGAAGGACGCAGAUGGCAAAGUUGUCUUGAAGACGGUUGACAUCAACCCCCUUAAAGUGAUCUCGCUGGAAAUAGCUACUAAGCUACUGGCCCGGGUUGCCUGUCAAGGUUUGCGAGUUUAA